UUUUCUCCAAUUCAACCAGCAGCUGUUGCAGUUCUGAAAUCUUCGCCGCUUCCUCAGGCGAAAUCCCUACCUGAAUCAGCGCCGGAUCGGGCUCUGGAAGCAGUUUCGGCGCGCAGAGGAACAGAUUUGUAUAGUAGUUUUUUAGAUUUCUCAGAAUGCCAAAAGAUAGGAGGGUGAGUUCCUCGUCUUUUGACCAUUCUAUGGUCUCCCCUUAUUCUUGCAGCCCGAAGAUUUCAGAUAGCAAGAAUAGCAACAGCUCUUUGCCUCUUGUCGGGGAUGAAAAGGAAUGGGAUGAAGUUCAAUGCCCAAUUUGUAUGGAGCAGCCCCACAAUGCUGUCUUGUUACUCUGUUCUUCCCAUGAGAAAGGUUGUCGUCCUUUUAUCUGUGACACGAGCUACCGACACUCCAAUUGUUUCGAUCAGUUCAGGAAGUCAACAUCUGGGAAAGCAAAUUUACAUGCUUUAUCGGAGGAACUUCAAUCUGAUCUCGUAUGCCCCCUCUGUCGAGGGGCAGUCACAGGUUGGGAUGUUGUAUACCUUGCGAGAAAAUUCUUGAACUCUAAGACGAGAAAUUGUUCUUUAGAAACUUGUAGCUUCAGUGGAAACUAUGCAGAGCUGAGGAAGCAUGCUAGGCUCGAGCACCCAUGUGGACGCCCAUCAGAGGCCAGUCCCAAUCGGCAGGCGAACUGGACCACGCUGCAGCAACAAGGGGACUUCAUGGAUGCACAUGCAUACCAGUCGGAUAUCGAAUACGACUCAAACACAUGGCCUGGCUGGGAUACAUUGUUUCCCUUGGAUGAGUUGCUGGAAGACGAACUCUGGAGUACAGGAAGCUUGUUUGACCUCCCGAGUGGUAUAUCCGAUGUUGAGGACGAUCUAUCAACGUUAAACGGUCUCGCAGUGCCAUAUUUUAGCCCCUUCGUUGUUUACCCGGGUGAUGACAUGGUGGAUUCUGACAGCUCAAGAAACGGAGUUCUUGACAUUACCGAUUAUGGCAGCUCGAGAAGCGGAGGAGAUGGGCCACAGUGGGCCACUGUAUCUGGUCCAAGCUUGAAUCUUCAUUUGGGAAACGCUGCGCCAAGUUCAGGGUCCGGACCAACUAAUCAUAGUGGAGAUGAUGCAAAUGUUUCAAGCUCAAGACCAAGCUAUCAAAUGCAAGAAGGUCUGUCGAAUUCACGGUCAAGAUCGAGUCAUAGCAGGGCAGAUGAUCCUGCGAGUUCAAGGGCAAGCAAUUCAAACGCUUCAAGAUCGGGAUCAAGGUAUCACAGAGAAAUCGAUCGUGGAAGUUCAAGUCGGAGAUCAAGCUAUGGUAGGGAAAGCGAACAGCGUUAUUCUAGGUCGAGGGAAGUUCCACCUCGAGUAAGGUCUGGUACAAGGAGUUUUCCAGACGCCUAGUGAAAGUCAUGGUUGAGGAGAUUAAGAAUGUACUUAUUUUUGUAUUUUUUGCUUUCUUUAACUCUGGAAAUUAUUUAUUUA